GUGAACUACUGUCGAUGCUAGAUGAUUCAUGAAAUAAAGUGUCAUGAUAAUGCAUAAUAGCGGCUAACGUGGCUAAUGUUGGCUCGUUUGUUACAGAGUAGGAGUCAUUUCAGGUAAAGCGAAAACACCAACAACAGACUGCAGGUCCUGAGCCAUGUCAGCCCUUCUGAACUGCCACAUAGCUGGCGGCUGCCGUAGGCUGGUGUGUGCCACCCCUCAAACCGUCAUCCACAUCAGAUCAGCCAGUGUGGCUGAGUCCAUCACAAAAUCUGAUAAAGAGCCACUGUGGGAGACAGGGGACUAUCUACCAUUCUCCAGAGCCAGGAUUGGAUCUUUCUUUCAGGAGAGACCAGUACUUAAGAAUCCUUUUCUUGAGGAUGCCUUGCUCAGAGGAUACCUGAGGCGGCAUCUGGUCCAGGAGCCAGUCCUCUCAGAUUUGUGUGCGUUUGGAGAGCGUGUGGCCACUGAGGUGGACGGUUGGGGCAGAGACUGUGAAGUUACUCCUCCACGUUUGAUGCAGUUUGACUCCUGGGGUCGCAGAGUGGACCACAUUGUGACCUCUCCAGCCUGGAAAUGCAUGAAAGACCUGUCUGCUCAGGAGGGGCUAGUUGCCAUUGGCUAUGAGAGACGUUUCGGAGAGUGGAGUCGUGUUUACCAAAUGAGCAAGUUGUACAUCUUCUCUCCUUCCUCUGGUCUCUACACCUGUCCUUUGGCCAUGACUGAUGGAGCUGCUAAGGUCAUACAGUCCUUAGGUGUUUCUUGGCCAGUAGAUGACGCCUACAGUUGUUUGACAACCCGUGAACCUGAACGCUUCUGGACAUCUGGACAGUGGAUGACGGAAAGGCAGGGAGGCUCUGAUGUGGCCAGUGGCACAGAGACGGUAGCCGUUCCCCAGACAGAUGGUUCAUACAAACUACACGGCUUCAAAUGGUUCACUUCUGCCACAGAUGCAGACAUGACUCUGACAUUGGCCAGAGUACAAGAUGAAGCAGGAGCCACUAUACCAGGUAGUCGAGGGUUGUCUCUGUUCUAUGCAGAGGUGAGUCGAGAUGAGGACGGUCGUCUUAAAGGCAUAGAGGUGCAGAGACUGAAGGACAAGCUGGGAACAAGACAAAUGCCUACUGCUGAGCUGCUGCUAGAUGGCCUUCCAGCACAUAUGCUUUCAGAGGAAGGAAGAGGUGUGGCCUCUAUUGCGAACAUGCUGACAAUAACUAGGAUUCACAACAGCGUCUCUGCAGCAGCAGCAAUGAGAAGGGUGGUGCAGUUAGCUCGAGACUAUGCCACCCGCCGCACUGCAUUUGGCAAGCUUCUUAAAGAUCACCCGCUGCACAUGCAGACUCUCGCAAGGAUGGAGGUGGAGACUCGUGGAGCCUUCCUCCUAGUGAUGGAUGUGUGUCGUUUGUUGGGCCGAGAGGAAACUGGCAUCGCGACACAACUUGACACACACCUCCUACGUCUCCUCACACCUGUUGUCAAACUAUACACUGGAAAGCAGGCGGUGGCUGUGGUGUCAGAGGGUUUGGAAAGCUUUGGUGGACAGGGCUACAUCGAGGACACUGGUUUGCCUGGACUGUUACGCGAUGCACAGGUGUUAAGUAUCUGGGAAGGUACCACAAAUGUUCUGUCCCUGGACGUGCUGCGCUGUGUGGCUCGCAGCUCAGGGAUGGUUCUACAUGCUUACUUCACUCAUACCAAGUCCCUCAUUGCAGGUGCAUCGAGUGUUUCUUCACUGGCUCCAGCAGUGAGAGCAGUAGAUUGUGCUCUCUCUGAACUGGAACAGUUAGUGCAAGAAGCAGCUACUAAAGCACCCACCUAUCUUGAACUGGCAGCAAGAGACCUGGCAUACAGCCUGGCUCGCAUCUACAUUGGCGCCCUUCUCAUUGAUCAUGCAUCUUGGAAAGGAGCUUCUCUGUCUGACACCUAUGCAGCUCUGAGGUGGUGCGAGCAAGACUUGUGUCCUGUGGCGACUAAACAAGCAAAAGGCUGGUACAACCCCACAACUCCACAGCUUGAUGGAGCACUAGUGUACGACCAGCCGAUUCAAGACUGAAUGUUCACUGAAAGCUUUUUCUACCAUUACCCAGCCUAUAUUAAACAAUAUGGAAGAUGUAGUAAUACUUUAUUUUAAAAAAUUAAUUAUUUUAUGAAUGAGCACUACACAAAUAUGUACUGUAAUACAGAAUAAUUUGUUCUGUUUUUGAUUUUUAACUGUGUAAAACAGUGAGUGCUAGAAGUUUGGUCUUUCAUCUUUUGAGCAACACAUGCAUGUUCCUUAUAUGCAGCAAACUAGGUAAUUUAACAGUAUGAAGAUUUAUUUUAACUAAACAAACAUGUAAAUGUUCAGGUAUUGGUACAAACAGCUAGAAAACAACAGUAGAUUACAGCUGAAACACAUGUUGUACCUCACAAGUUUCCAUUCUCAUCAUGUUUGGAGAACAUGCAGGUUAAAUACUUUAUAGACCAUGACUGAGUGCAGUGACGUAAGAAAAAUCGUUGGAUGUAUAGGUCAGUCUAAAAGACAUGACUAGCUUUAUCUGCAACACAACAAUGACCUGAAACACUGUCAGGGUUAUUUAGAAAAAAAAAAACAGCUGUUAUUAGUCAGCUCUUACUGAGUGUUAUUGAUCAAGAGAUAGCCUACUUAGCCACCUGACAUAACCUGUUGAUUGUGGUUGUUGUUGAAUGUUGUGGGAUGACCAGGAUCACAAAGUUGGAAAGAAGUGUUGAACUUGCCAGGAACUACUUGGACAAGUUUUAUAAGAGGAAUGGCAAAGUAUUUCAGCUAUGCGCUUGGAGAAAGUUACUGUCUGGAUUCCAAGAGUGCAUUAAGGGAGGGAAAGUUAAAAAAAAAAAAAAAAAAAAAUUGAAAUAAAAUAUGUGCAUUUGUUUGCUCAAAAUAGUUCAUAGUUCAAAAUAGUUCAAAAUAAGUUCAUAUUGUUAACGUACGUUUGUUGCCUGUAAAAAAAAAAUAAUAAUAAUAAUGCACGCGUCGCUCAAAACUGAUAAAAAAAAAAGUCUAGGUGUGUGCAGCCUUUUGACAAGCACUGUAUGUAUGUCUGUAAAUAAAUGUUAUCCAUUGAUAAACCACACAAAGGGCAGGAACUA